AUGUCGGCUUCACCCCCUCCAACAACACAGACCACCGGCACCAGCACCAGCCGCCAUGCGCUCAACGCCGUUGACAAGCAGCGUGCCCAGCUCGAAAGGCUCCUCAAAGACCCCAGCAAGCCAGCUUAUGUACCGCCUCCGCCAAAGGAGAAGUCCAUCCGGCCAGCGCGGGAGAUGAUGAAGAACGUGCAAGGGUCAAGUGCGGGAGCGGGCAGCGGAGAGUUCCACGUCUAUAAGGCUAGCAGACGGCGAGAGUACGAGAGGUUGAAGAUGAUGGACGAGACGGCGGAGAAGGAAGCCGAGACGUUGGAAUUUGAGCGCAAACAGAGAGAGCGAGAAGAGCAGGCGGAGGCGAAGACGGCUAAGAACCGGACAAAGAGGCAGAAGAAAAAGGAGCGCGCAAAGGGCAAGGGCGCGGAGAAGGACUCAGGAGUCGGUGCAGGGGGUUCCGCAGACCGACGGCUCAUCAGCGGGAAGGAGCUUAUCUUCCGACGACCGGGCGAAGAGAGCGAUGAGGAUGAGGACGUCGGGCCCGUGCCUGCGCAGUCGAUUGCGGACGCCGAGGACGAUCUCACCGCAGAUGCAACUCGUGCACCGGUGAUAGACGCACCACGGAUCACCAUACACGAAGAGGAUUCUCUAUGA